GAUUUAAUAAUUUAUUGUCUAGAAGUAAUAAAUCCUUUGUGUGAAAUGCUUUGUUUUGUGGUGAGACCUUAUCUUUGCUCCUUGAGAAGAAAUUCCGAUAAACAGGUGAAGCGAAAGCGGAGUCAGAGCGCCAAAAAUAAAUAAUUUGGGGUUUCCCGCAAAGACAACUCGAAAGACUCAUUCCACCAAUUCCACGGCCUUUAUGUAUUCUAUGAAUCUGCGAGUGGCUUGCUAUUGAUUAUUCGGAUCCGAAAUCAUUUUGCCCCCGGUACCAUCUAUAUCGAAGUCUUAUAUCAACCUCAAUUCGAGGUUUCUUCAGACUCCACACAGUGACUCAAGGACGAGAACAAUGUCUGCCUCUCUCCCAGGCAAUCGAGAAUUACCCGCUUCCCAGUAUGAUCUCAGCACAUACUGGGGACGAGUGAUGCAUUCUGCGGCCAUUUCAGACCCUAGAACAUUGUUGGUAAACAGUGCCGGAUUGGAGCAUGCGAAAAGUCUCAUUUCGAGUUACAAACAGGGGAAGAUUCAUGAGAUGACUCCGGAGUUAUGGAAUGCGAAAAAGAUUGUCGAUUCAACAUUACAUCCAGAUACUGGCUCUCCAGUUUUCCUUCCAUUUCGAAUGUCAUGCUUCGUUUUAUCAAACUUGGUAGUCACAGCAGGAAUGCUUACACCAGGAUUGGGAACGACAGGAACAUUGUUAUGGCAAAUUACAAAUCAGUCUCUUAACGUGGCUAUCAACAAUGCCAACGCCAACAAAUCCACACCUCUCUCAACCUCAAAAAUUGCACAAUCUUACUUUCUCGCAGUCGGAGCUUCCUGCUCUGUUGCACUUGGUCUCAAUGCUCUUGUUCCAAGAUUAAAGAAAGUUAGCCCAGGCACCAAGAUGAUUCUUGGAAGAUUGGUACCAUUCGCUGCCGUUGCAAGUGCUGGAGCAUUGAAUGUUUUCUUGAUGCGAGGAGAAGAAAUUAGAAAAGGCAUUGAUGUCUAUCCAGUUCUAUCAGAAUCGGAUAAGGUAAAGCUUGCAGCAGAGGGUAAAUCUGAAUCCGAGGUUGCUUCAUUGGGCAAGAGCAAGAAAGCAGCCACUAUUGCCGUCUCGGAGACAGCUAUCAGUCGAGUUUUGAACAGUUCUCCAAUUAUGGUGAUUCCAGCUUUAAUUUUGGUGAGAUUACAGAAGAAGCAGUUUCUCAUUAGAAAUCCUAGACUCACACUACCAAUCAAUCUGGGUCUUAUUCUUGGUACUAGUCUGUUCGCUUUACCUCUAGCUCUAGCAGCCUUCCCUCAACGCCAAAGCGUAGAUGCAUCAACGUUAGAGGAGGAAUUCUGGGGCAAGGGCGGAGAGGGUGGAAAGGUGGUUUUCAACAGAGGAAUAUGAAGACAUCAUUGAAUGACUCGAAUUUUACAUUUCCAAGACAUAAUUCGGCUUUGUUCAACCACUAUCUCCAAAGGUCCAUUAUGCGGCUCGAGUUCUAUUUUAACCCCACCGAGAGAUCUACUGGCGGGAUAUUGAUUAAAGAAAGCAUAGAGCAUGGCGUUCAUGGCUGCACCGCGCAGAAUCCCAAUACCAAUAGAUGACAACACAAAUAACACAUAAAUCAAAAUUCAGCCGUGGCUGUACAAGUUUUUCGCUUCUCACCCCUUCUUGAAAUAAGUAUCUCGUGGCA